AUGGAUACGGCGAAUGUGGCUGACACUCUAAGCAUUCCAUCAAACCGCGUGGCAGAUAUUCAGGCUAAAACGGGGAUUGGCGAUUGGUAUCACGUACCUUCGGAGUCUAAUCCAGCUGAUGCCUUGUCUAGAGGUCAACUACCGGAAGAGUUUCUGCGAAACGAAACGUGGAGUGAAGGUCCUUUUUGGUUAAGGAAAGAGGAGGAUGCAUGGCCCAAGACAGUCAUAUCAGCGACAGAUGUUUUACCAGAGACGAGGAAAAUAAGUUGUUUUGUUACUGGAAAUGCAGAUUUUCUUCAUGAUUUCUCGUCAUUUACCAGGUUGAAACGAGUUGUGGCAUACUGUUUGCGUAUGAGACCCGGAACCAAUCGCAGCGGCGGUUUACGACCUGACGAAUUGGCUUACGCUGAGAAGACUAUACUGAAGUUCGUACAAACGUCAUUAUCAAGCGAGAAGGUAGACGAAAUCACAAAAAGGAAGCCUGGGAAACCAAUACACAAACGGUUACUGGCCCUUAAUCCCUUUGUCGAUCAUGAAGGAAUAAUGCGUGUAGGAGGUCGCCUGAAAAAUGCAAAUAUUUCCUAUGCGCAGCAGCAUCCAAUAUUAUUACCUCGGUCGCACCAUGUGACUGAUCUCAUAAUUCGAGAUUAUCACACUUACAACUUUCACGCUGGUAUCCAGACAACUCUGUACAUGAUGCGACAAAAAUAUUGGGUUCUAGAUGGACGCAAUCAAGUCCGUAAAAUUAUAAGAUCAUGUGUUCGUUGCUUCCGAGCGAACCCGCCAGACACAAAAUAUGUCAUGGGAGAUCUUCCAGGAGUUAGAGUUACACAAGCCCAACCGUUUGCCAACGUUGGCGUUGAUUAUUGCGGUCCAUUCCUGAUAAAGCAGAAGAAGCAUCGAAACACAACCUUCGUAAAAUCAUAUGUGGCGGUCUUUGUCUGCUUAGCCGUUAAGGCCGUACAUUUAGAGGUCGUUAGUGAUUUGACCACCGAAGGUUUCAUCGCUGGCCUAAGACGAUUCAUUGCCCGUCGGGGAAAGCCUAUAUCUAUCUACUCUGACAAUGGCACAAACUUCAUUGGCGCUCGGAGUGAGUUAAAGGAACUUUACAAUCUGUUUCAAACAUCCGCGCAUCAAGAAAGAACGGCGAGGUUUCUCAGCGAUCAGGGUAUUAAUUGGCAGUUCAUACCCCCAUUAUCUCCCCAUUUCGGCGGUUUAUGGGAGGCUACUGUCAAAUCGUUCAAACACCACUUAAAACGUGUGGUUACUGGCCCAAUCUUCACAUUUGAAGAAUUUAAUACUCUAACUAUCGACAUCGAAGCCAUUAUAAAUUCUCGACCGCUUUGUCCCAUGUCCAAUGAUCCUAAUGACCUUCUGGUCCUUACCCCAGGUCAUUUCCUUAUCGGCGACAUUUUAACGAGCUUGCCGGAAGGCGAUUACUCACACAUCCCAACUAAUCGCUUGUCCAGAUGGCAACACAUCCAGAAGGUCCGCCAAGACUUCUGGGCACGUUGGCAUAAAGAAUAUCUCAAUGAACUGAACAUCUGUCACAAGUGGUCUACUGGUCAUCACUCCAUCCAAGAUGGCACCAUUGUUUUAAUUAAAGAAAACAAUGUCCCAUCUAUGAAUUGGACAGUCGGAAGAGUUGUGAAGACGUAUCCUGGUGCUGACGGGAUUGUUCGAACUGUUUCUGUGAAGACUGCGACAAGUACGUUAAAAAGAUGUGUGAAACAACUCGCGCCUUUACCUAUCGAGGACAAUUGUGUAGCUAAAUAA